GCUGUAUGCAGUAAAGCAGUUCCUCUUCCGCUCGAAGUUGUUCGGGCUGGUUGCGCAGCUCGUCCUGCUGAUUCUGCUGGCCUUUCCCCGCGAAAUAUUGCAACUAGUGUUGCCUUAUCAAAUGCAAAUACUUGUAAUAUGUCUGGGUCGGGAACCAUAGCGACCCUCUUCGUUGGUCAUGCAUCGUUCUGCGCAUCAUGAAGCAAUGGUCCUCGUCGAAAGCAUGACAGGUUUGGAAGAAGCUUCGCGAUGCCUGCUAGCCCGCAUGAGAAACUCGCUUUUUACAUGGCAGUAAAGAAAUGGGAUGGAGCUAUUCCUGGGGCUCAUGCACUAGAAGAGCUUGACCUAAACCUAAUGUUCCCGAGAUCGUGCACCAUCAAGGCAUCGGUCGCAAAGUGGAUGAUGCAUUUGUGGGCUGAGGUGUAAAAAAAUUGCCGGCGGUCACGCAAUUAUACUGAUUCUGAUUUUGCUUUUCCUUUUUGUGUGAUCCGGACGGGACUCAGCACCACAGCUUUGCAAAGCAUUCUUCCAGGCCUAGACGACCUAUUUGCGAAAAUGCAUAUGCCGUUGGUGGAACAGACUCUGCAGUCGCACGUCUCAGCGUACUUACAGCAGUGGGUGCAGUCUUCCCCUUGGACCUCCAACGCUGUGGCACGGUUUGCGGGCAACCUGGGCUUUCGUGUCUUUCACCGCAUGAAAAACUUCGUGGAGCGCAGCGCCGACUCACUCGACGAGCGAUUGGGGCGUUCGAAAUAUUUUGCAAGUGACCUGGUCGUAUCAAAUUCAAAUGUAAAAAUGUCUGGGUCUGGAAGAGCCAUGCUGCUUUUGCACGACACAGAAGGUCUGGCAUGGAAGCUUUAGCAUCACAGGUUUCGAGAAGCUUCCGCAAUGCCGAAUCCGCAUGACAAAUGCCCCAUUUUGGUGACAGAAAGCGGGCAGCUUUUUCUGCCUAUGCAUGAGAGAUUUUUAUGUGUUGUGAAAUGCGCAUCACAGGUUGCAUUCUUCCAGACCCAGACAUUUUUUCAUUUGAUAGGUCGCGCGGGUGUUUCAUGUGGACGACGACGCAGCGGAUACCGCAAAUUUUUUUCUGCACAACCUCCACUGGAUUUGUGCGUCGACCUCCGCGGUCGCGCUGCUGGCUUGCGACGCGGUCUACAACACGUUUUUUUUUGCAUAUUGUGACCGCGACCUUUCGACUUUUCUGCGUGAGACUCUGCUCUCGCUGGCCGUGGUGUGUGGAGGAGGCGGUACGUUCGUUGUCAGAAAGCUCUUGGCGCUGUUCGUGUCGCACCUGCCCGCAGGCAGCACAUCUUCACGACGACCAGAGGAGCGGACAGCGACAAGUGUCGGAGGAGCUGUAGUUGAAGAGGACAAGGCACAGCCUCGCUUGUUGGUGGAGGUGGAACAACCAGGAACCGAUCAUGCGCGAAAAGUAGAACCAGCAGAGAUGAACAAAAUAGCAUCGGCGACAUCGUCAAAGCGCCCGCCGGGGGGCGAGAGCGGUACCACUGCCACCAGCAGCAGCUCUUCGGAAAAUUAUAAACAGCUAGAACAACCGAAAGGCCAAGUAGAAGAUGCCUGGCGCGCCGCGAAGAGCAGCGCAACAGCGACGCGGCUCCAGCAGUCUACGUUGUUCACGACGACACAUCAGCAAGACGAGCAGCUGGCUUGGCAUGCCAAGACAUCGCGGCGCAGGAAGGCUACAUUGAAAGACUUCGAACCUGACGAAGCGGAACCAGAUGCGGAGGGGACCGAAGAAAAAGAGCAGUCCCCGGCGUCGUCUAGCUCUUUUGUUGACGUGAUGGAGCCUAUUGAUCUGUUCCAAGUCGGCCUGACUGUACUGAGCACGUGUGUGGGAGGCUUGAUCGGGCUGGAAGCCGGAGAGCGGUGCUUCGACGGCGUCUUUGGCGACCGGCAGCAGCAGCGCGAAGCGAAAGAUUAUCGCCUGCUUGGGCUGCCAGGGGGCAGGUGUCACGCCACGACCGCGGAAAUACUCAGUCAGUACGUGAAGGAAAGUGAAAAAGUUGUCUCGCUGGACGAGUACGUGAGGGAAAGUGAGAAAAGCUUGUCCACCUCCGGUGGUAGAUCCUCGCCAAGAGCUUCGAGCAGCGACACGACGGAUGAAGGUGGUGCGCAAGCCACAGGUGGUAGUUUAAGUUCUGGGGAGAAAGAAGUCAUCGAAGAUUGUGUGUCUACUGCAGCGACAACGACCUCGUCUUCAACUUCAUCGUGGGUACGGGAGUUCGACGACAGUGGGCCAUCCUCCGGCUGCUCGGGAUGCCAGGUGGCGGCCCGCCUUCGGUUUAUUGACCUCAGUUCUGCAAUGGAGCGAAUCGGUGCGGAGCGUGGAUUGUUUCUCGAGGGUGCCGACGUCCUCCCGUUUACGAUACCGGAGGGUGGAAGAGCGGGCAGAUCAGGAGCCCCCGGUGCUGGUCUAGCUAAGGAACGCAUGAUACUUUCGAAACUCUGAAGCGGACAAUCAAUGAGAUUCCAAACGAGUAUGAU